AUGACGACAGUGACUGUGCCAUUGACGGAGGAUCCGUUCAAGGCUCAUAUACUCGACUACAUUUCCGAUGACGAUUAUAGCGAUGGUGAUGAUGAUGAUGACGACCAUUCCAUACACGAUGAAGAUUGGGCGGAUUUAGAAGAGGAGUACGAAAAAAAGGAGGACGAAGAUGUCGCCGUCUUUCGGGCCAUUGUUGAUCACAUGCCCAUUGAAAGUUUGUUGCACCUCCUUCAAGGACAUGUACGAGCCUUGCAACAUCGAGGAAAAUUAGAGACCAAAGUUGAUGUGUAUGAUUCUAAUGAUACGACUACUACUACUAAUAAUAAUAAUAAUAAUGGAAAGCAGCAGCAACAACACCAACGACAGCGAGAAGAAGAAGAUACAGCAGACACAAAGUCGCAAUCACAAGACUUCAAGGAGGACGGAGAAGAAGAAGAAGAAGAAAAACAGGAGGAAGAAGCAGCCACAGCAGCAAUGCGAAUCGAAAAGCAGUUCCGAUGGGCCACAGAAGAGGAUUAUACUGUCAAGUCAGACAUUCACGAAAUUGAUCCCUGGAAAGAAAACAGCGACUUGUGGUUUUCUGGUCACGAAUUGUCGGCCAUCAAACAGGACUUGGUCCGACAGAUUCGUUUCUUUCUAAUGCACCAUCAAGAACGGAUCGAAACUCUCGAUAAAGUUGUGUCUGGGGAUGGUCCCGAAUUGGUGAUUGAAGAGUGCAUCAAGGAAUUGACCCGGCAUUCCAUUGGUCGUGGAUUGGAAGGACACAUGUCCCGGUUGAUUCAACAGACGAGAAAGGAUCACGUCCGGAAUGUGUUGAAUGCUCAAACCAGCUGCAAUGCCCGAAGGCAGUCCUAUGAUGAAUCUGUCGAGAUAUUACGAGAACACUCCUUGGUCUAUGGUCAACGAAUGAAACUGUAUUCCCAACGAAUGGCCAAGAGUGAUGAAAUUGAAGCCUUGACGGCGAACAUGAGCCGAUGGGAACCGGCAAAAAGCAUCUGA